UACGCGCAAGCUGACGUCAUUCAGAAAAUGGCGUCGAUCGAAAAAAUCUUUCAAAAUUGGACGCCAAAAUCUAAAAAGAAAAUUCAGUUAUAGUUUUAACUAAUAUUUCUGACGGUAAAGAUCAAACUGAAUCGGCACGACUGUACAAUGUUUUCACUGGAUUUAAAGAUAUUUUAAAUAAAAACAAGGAACUGUUUUUUCAUCGGAAGGCGAAUUACAAUUGAACAUGGGCGGGUCUCUUUGACUGUUCAAUUUAGAUGUUGAAAUGAUCGUCAUACUGAAAUUUAUUCUGAUUUUCUGAUGUUUUGUUUUGUUAGGUUUAACGUCGCACCAACACAAUUCAGUUCAUAUGGUGACUUUUCAGCUUUGAUGGUAGAGGAAGACCCCAGGUGACAUUCCAUGCAUUAUUUUAUCAAGUGCGGGUACCUCGGUAGAACCACCGACCUUCCGUAAGCCAGCUGGAUGGCUUCAUCUCGAAGAAUUCAACGCCCCGAGUAAGGAUCGAACCAACAUCGGUGAUUUGAAGUCAGCGACCUUAACCACUCGGCCACGGUGGGCCCUUCUGAUUUUCUGAUUCUCAUAGAAAGCAGGCCCCUUAUUGUUCAAGCAAGCUAUUGUACAAAUGUAAAUAUGAGAACUGAAUGCAAAUCUAUAAACUACACUGGGACUUCUUGCAAAUCUUCCAAGAAUCACUAUUUUAAAGCAAAACGUGUUGCUAAUAUAUUUUAUCAGUGCAAAAAAAAACGUGAAGGAAACACAGGGACGAAGUGAUCAAUUUUGAAGUAACUUAGUGUGUGUGUUGGAAUGGAAUGUUCUCUCCAGCCAGUAGGAGUUCUUAAGUCCAAAUAAUAGCACGUUAAGAGCAGUGUGAAACCCAUGUAUUCUCCGCCUAGUAAUUAUUGUUGGUUAACUUUCUACUGUGCAUUUACUAGUAAUUUCUUUUUAUUUUAAGGGUUUGAUUUCAAAUGUUAUUCAUCCAGGUAGCUGAUAAUGCCACAAUACGCGCCUGAAAAAAUAUUUGUAUUUAUGUUCUAGAAUAAGUGUUUGACACUCAGCCAUUUAAGUUCAUAAAAUAUAGACAAGUUAUUCCUUUAAUCUUCAAGAAAAUAAAUAAUUGAUCAAAGACAUGAAAACGUAUUGUAAUGUAGACGAGUUGACUUGUUUGUAAACGUAGUUACUGCUUCGCAGUAUUUGACAUUUUAAAUCUAUCCUCCAAAUUGCUUCAGUUAAUAGGAUAUAAUAUUAAUCCAUGGAGAAAUACAGUGUAUAUUUGUUCGUGACCAUUAGCAUUUGGCUAGUAAAAUUCACUACGUCACAAGAAAGAGCGACGAGAACCAACAAUAACCGCGUGUAUGGACUGAUCAUCGGUUUCUGCUGCCUGCUAGUGCUAACAGCAAUUUUUGUUGCACUUUGGUGUUCCUGUAGUUACAGUGAGCAGAACAAAUCAAAGGAAAACAUGCUCCCGACAAGGAAAGUAUCGGUUAAACCAAUGGAACUUCAAGAAACAAUACCGCCAGAGAAAGAUGACAAAAUUGAAGCUGAUGAGACACAAGAGGAAUCAUAAAGACAUUUACUGACCAAAAGGAGCUUUUACGAUGACUCGUACAUGAAGCAGCUGCAGCCGUUUUACUUUUAUAACAAUUAUUUGCGAGAAAUUAACAACUAAUUAUGUCUUUAAUUUUGCAUAUCGCUCCACCUAAAACAAGAACAAUAACUGAAUGAUGAAUAAUUAUAACAAUAUCUCCCUUUUAGUCGGCCUAUUGAAUUUUUUUUACAUAGACACUUUUACUUCUCUGCAAGGAAUUUAGUGUAGCCUGAUAUAACAAUAAAGGGUGUAAAAACUU